ACACAAAAAGGCUACGAAAAGAAGAGGUCAAAACUAAUUGGAGCCUACCUGCCCCAGCCUCCGACAGCGAAUGGAGCUGCCGUGGUCCGGUGUAGACUGCAGCACAGUGAAGGAGCCCCACGGAGAGCGCUGCACUGUGGCAACAUCGGGGUGUGCGACAUCCGAGACGCUGCGGUCCGAGAGCGGGCGGCCAGCACCGCGGGAAACCGGCCUCUGUUUUACUUUCGUUUCGGGGUGGAUCAAGCUUUGCCUCCAGAGCGCCGGGCUCCAGUCACUCCCUCCUCUUCCUCUCGCUAUCACCGCCGAAGGUCCUCAGGGUCACGAGAUGAACGCUAUAGGUCAGAUGUCCACACAGAAGCUGUGCAGGCAGCGCUUGCUAAACACAAAGAGAGGAAGAUGGCAGUGCCCAUGCCUUCCAAACGCAGGUCCUUGGUUGUACAGACUUCGAUGGAUGCCUACACACCCCCAGAUACCUCCUCUGGUUCAGAAGAUGAAGGCUCAGUGCAGGGGGACUCCCAGGGUACCCCCACCUCCAGCCAGGGCAGCAUCAACAUGGAACACUGGAUCAGCCAGGCCAUCCACGGUUCCACGACCUCCACCACCUCCUCCUCCUCCACCCAGAGUGGGGGCAGCGGCGCCGCCCACAGGCUGGCGGAUGUCAUGGCCCAGACGCACAUAGAAAAUCACUCUGCACCUCCUGAUGUAACCACUUACACCUCAGAACACUCAAUACAAGUAGAAAGGCCCCAAGGCUCCACGACGUCACGGACGGCACCAAAGUACGGCAAUGCUGAGCUCAUGGAAACAGGAGACGGUGUGCCUGUGAGUAGUCGGGUAUCAGCAAAGAUCCAGCAGCUUGUCAACACCCUCAAACGACCCAAAAGGCCACCUUUACGGGAAUUUUUUGUUGACGAUUUUGAAGAAUUAUUAGAAGUUCAACAACCAGAUCCAAAUCAGCCAAAGCCAGAGGGAGCCCAGAUGUUGGCAAUGCGUGGGGAGCAGCUGGGUGUGGUUACGAAUUGGCCCCCAUCUUUAGAAGCCGCAUUACAGCGAUGGGGAACCAUCUCACCAAAGGCUCCGUGCUUGACCACAAUGGACACAAAUGGAAAACCCCUGUAUAUCCUCACUUACGGCAAACUGUGGACAAGAAGUAUGAAGGUUGCGUACAACAUUCUGCAUAAAUUAGGUACAAAACAAGAGCCAAUGGUGCGGCCUGGUGAUAGGGUGGCGCUGGUGUUCCCUAACAAUGACCCUGCUGCUUCCAUGGUGGCCUUCUACGGCUGCCUUCUGGCUGAAGUCGUCCCUGUGCCCAUCGAGGUCCCGCUUACAAGAAAGGAUGCAGGGAGCCAGCAGAUCGGGUUCUUACUUGGAAGCUGUGGAGUCACCGUGGCCUUGACUAGUGAUGCUUGCCACAAAGGACUGCCAAAAAGCCCAACAGGGGAAAUUCCACAGUUCAAAGGUUGGCCAAAGCUGUUGUGGUUUGUCACAGAGUCAAAACAUCUCUCCAAACCACCUCGAGAUUGGUUCCCACAUAUUAAAGAUGCAAACAAUGACACUGCUUACAUCGAGUACAAGACCUGCAAGGAUGGAAGUGUGCUGGGGGUGACCGUCACUAGAAUUGCCCUGCUGACUCACUGCCAGGCCCUCACUCAAGCCUGUGGCUACACAGAAGCUGAGACAAUUGUGAAUGUGCUGGAUUUCAAGAAAGACGUGGGACUUUGGCAUGGAAUACUGACGAGCGUCAUGAACAUGAUGCAUGUGAUCAGCAUCCCAUACUCGCUGAUGAAGGUGAACCCUCUGUCCUGGAUUCAGAAGGUCUGCCAGUAUAAAGCGAAGGUGGCGUGUGUAAAAUCCAGGGACAUGCACUGGGCAUUAGUGGCACAUAGGGACCAGAGAGACAUCAAUCUCUCCUCUCUCCGGAUGCUGAUUGUGGCUGAUGGCGCAAACCCCUGGUCUAUUUCUUCCUGCGACGCAUUUCUCAAUGUCUUCCAGAGUAAGGGCCUGCGGCCAGAGGUCAUCUGUCCUUGUGCCAGCUCCCCCGAGGCACUCACUGUGGCCAUCCGGAGACCCACAGAUGACAGUAACCAGCCACCGGGCCGGGGUGUCCUCUCCAUGCAUGGGCUGACCUACGGGGUCAUCCGGGUGGACUCAGAAGAGAAGCUGUCUGUGCUCACCGUGCAGGACGUUGGCCUUGUGAUGCCUGGAGCUAUCAUGUGUUCAGUGAAGCCGGAUGGGAUUCCCCAAGUGUGUAGAACAGACGAAAUUGGGGAGCUCUGUGUGUGCGCGAUUGCCACGGGCAUGUCUUACUAUGGCCUCUCAGGCAUGACCAAGAACACCUUCGAGGUGUUCCCUGUGACCAGCUCUGGAGCCCCGGUCAGCGAGUACCCCUUCGUGAGGACAGGCCUGCUGGGCUUCGUUGGCCCCGGGGGCCUCGUCUUUGUGGUGGGCAAGAUGGAUGGGCUCAUGGUGGUCAGUGGGCGCAGACACAAUGCCGACGACAUCGUGGCCACGGCGCUGGCAGUGGAGCCCAUGAAGUUCGUGUACAGGGGAAGAAUAGCUGUGUUUUCGGUGACCGUCCUACACGACGAGAGGAUAGUGAUUGUGGCUGAGCAGAGGCCGGACUCCACGGAGGAAGACAGCUUCCAGUGGAUGAGCAGGGUGCUCCAGGCAAUCGACAGCAUACAUCAAGUUGGAGUUUACUGCCUGGCCUUGGUUCCAGCAAACACCCUCCCCAAAACCCCACUCGGUGGGAUCCAUUUAUCAGAAACGAAGCAGCUUUUCCUAGAGGGUUCACUUCACCCCUGCAAUGUGCUGAUGUGCCCCCAUACCUGUGUCACGAAUCUGCCCAAACCUCGACAGAAGCAACCAGAAAUCGGUCCCGCCUCUGUGAUGGUGGGGAACCUGGUGUCUGGGAAGAGGAUUGCACAGGCCAGCGGCAGGGACCUGGGUCAGAUAGAAGACAAUGACCAGGCCCGCAAGUUCCUGUUCCUGUCGGAAGUCCUCCAGUGGAGAGCCCAGACCACCCCCGACCAUGUUCUGUACACGCUGCUCAACUGUAGGGGUACAAUAGCGAACUCGUUGACGUGUGUCCAGCUUCACAAACGAGCGGAGAAGAUAGCAGUGAUGCUGAUGGAAAGGGGACACCUGCAGGAUGGGGACCACGUAGCUCUCGUCUACCCCCCAGGAAUAGACCUUAUCGCAGCCUUCUAUGGCUGCCUGUAUGCAGGCUGCGUGCCAAUCACCGUCCGUCCACCACACCCACAGAACAUCGCUACGACGCUGCCCACCGUGAAGAUGAUCGUGGAGGUGAGUCGCUCUGCCUGUUUGAUGACAACACAACUGAUCUGUAAAUUGUUACGGUCCAGGGAGGCAGCUGCGGCCGUAGACAUCAGGGCGUGGCCCCCCAUACUGGACACAGAUGAUUUGCCAAAGAAGCGGCCUGCCCAGAUCUACAAACCUUCCAACCCAGACACACUAGCUUAUCUUGACUUUAGUGUGUCCACAACGGGGAUGCUAGCUGGAGUAAAGAUGUCUCACGCAGCCACCAGUGCCUUUUGCCGUUCUAUUAAACUGCAGUGUGAGCUCUACCCCUCUAGAGAAGUGGCCAUCUGCCUGGACCCUUACUGUGGACUUGGGUUUGUCCUGUGGUGCCUCUGCAGCGUGUACUCUGGGCACCAGUCCAUUCUCAUCCCGCCUUCGGAGUUGGAAACCAACCCCGCCUUGUGGCUUCUUGCUGUGAGUCAGUACAAAGUCCGGGAUACGUUUUGCUCCUAUUCGGUGAUGGAACUUUGUACCAAGGGACUGGGCUCGCAGACGGAAUCCCUCAAGGCACGAGGGUUGGACCUGUCCCGUGUGCGGACGUGUGUGGUUGUUGCAGAAGAGCGGCCUCGAAUAGCACUCACUCAGUCCUUCUCGAAGCUGUUUAAAGACCUGGGCCUACAUCCUCGGGCUGUCAGCACCUCCUUUGGCUGUAGAGUGAACCUGGCCAUUUGUUUGCAGCCUCACAGGCUGUGGAAGCCGGCCGAGCAGGGGACCUCGGGACCUGACCCAACCACCGUCUACGUUGAUAUGAGAGCCCUGAGACACGACAGAGUCCGUUUAGUAGAAAGAGGAUCUCCUCAUAGCUUGCCCCUGAUGGAAUCAGGAAAAAUUCUUCCUGGUGUUCGGAUUAUAAUUGCCAAUCCAGAAACAAAAGGACCAUUGGGCGAUUCACACCUGGGUGAGAUCUGGGUUCAUAGUGCCCACAAUGCCAGUGGUUACUUCACCAUUUAUGGAGAUGAGUCCCUCCAGUCAGAUCAUUUCAACUCAAGAUUAAGUUUUGGAGACACACAGACAGUCUGGGCACGAACAGGCUAUUUGGGGUUCCUGCGGAGAACUGAGCUCACGGAUGCCAAUGGAGAGCGCCACGAUGCCCUCUACGUGGUGGGAGCCCUAGAUGAAGCCAUGGAGCUGCGGGGGAUGCGGUACCACCCGAUAGACAUCGAGACUUCCGUCAUCAGAGCCCAUAAAAGCGUUACAGAGUGUGCGGUGUUCACCUGGACAAAUUUGUUGGUGGUGGUGGUUGAGCUGGACGGGUCGGAGCAGGAAGCCUUGGACCUGGUCCCGCUGGUGACGAACGUGGUGCUGGAAGAGCACUACCUAGUGGUGGGGGUGGUGGUUGUGGUGGACAUCGGCGUCAUCCCCAUCAACUCCCGGGGGGAGAAGCAGCGUAUGCACCUGCGAGACGGAUUUUUGGCCGACCAGCUGGACCCCAUCUACGUGGCCUACAACAUGUAGUCUUGUCUCUGGCUCCCGGGACUUUUCCAGAGAUGUAAACAUUUUUCUCAGUGUCACUAAAGUAUGCAGACGCCAGGGCGACGUUCGCCCGAGUGGAGCCUUUGUCGCGCGACGGCCAGGAGGAGCCGUGCCCCAGCAGGCCUGGCCAGCGUGGGGUGAGAAGGGGGUGUGCCGCUCAAGCUUGCUCAGAAGGACUCGGAUGACUGCCUUCAGUUUGUGGGAAAAGCCCAUUUCGAAACUUUCUUUUCUUUUUUUUUUUUAAUUAUUGGAUAAUAAGUGCUUUCUUCGUAAAUGUGGUAUUUUGUUAAAGCCAAAAUAGCAAUUAAAAAAAAUAUUCUGCCCUCCAGAUGGGUUCUUUUAAACAAUUUAUGUAGUGUGACAAAAAAAAAUGUUUUCUCUGUUUUAAUGUGUCAUGAAAUCUUAAUGACAUGGACCUGUUACUAAUUUAAGCCAUUGCUAGAUCUCAUCCUUUUAGGAAAGUUUGUUGAGGUACGAGAAAACCUUCCAAAUAGCACCUUCCAAUUAGAUUUUAGCAACUUUCUUUGUCAGAAAUGUGCUGAAGAGACAAAGGCUGGUAUAUGGCCUUUGAAGUUAGCAUAGAAUGAGAAGAAAUUAUAAAUAAGGUGUAUUUCGGCAAUUAUCUUGCAGAUAUCUUUGUACUAAACUAAAAAGAUAAAAUAAGUUAACUUCUUCAUAUGUAAUUAUGUACAAACCGUUUAAUUUAUUUUGAUCUCUUUAGAAGUAUAAAAAAGAAAAACAUUCAAGAAUAUUAAAGUCUUGUAAUGUUUGCUAAUAUAAAAAAGUGUUGUAUUAUCUUGCGUGGAUAGUAUCACAACAAAUAUAUAUAUAUGAAAUAUAAAUCCACUAAUGAACAAAGGAGAUUUUAAAGUUUAAAAUGCAGAACCUGUCACUUGCAUGGUGUCCCUCCACUGUACUGUAGAUAGAGAGAGGUUCUCUCAUACCCACUCUGCUGAUGCGAGCAAUCACAGAUUGCCGGUAGCCCAGUCUAAACGUUUCUUCUAGAACCAGAGACCAGCAAGUGAAAUUACUGCCAUCUCAGAGAUGGUGAAAGGAUUUGAAGCUAAAUGUGCACUAUUUUUUCCUUUGCUGUGGGGGCAACAAGGAAGGCGUGAGCCGUGCACCGCAGGCCAGGGGAGGCAGGUGGUGGAUAGUACUGUUCUCUCAGCUGCAAGAAUUUGUUGCACAAUGUUUUUCAGCAUUUUUGUUAGCAUCACCUUCUUUUGGUCCUUGGUAUGAAAAGGAAUGAUAUUCUGUGGUCAUUUGCACUGGGUUGCUUUGAUUCCCCUCAGAUGGCCCGUGUGUGGAGUGGACCGUGUCCAGAACAGCUGAAAGGGAAAAGACUCACACAGGAGAUGAUCCCCUCAGCCGGAGGUCUGGGCUUCCCUAGCCGGGGCCUCCUGACCCAGCCACUGGCUGAUGCAAGAAAGCCUCCCGGCAGCCUUCGCUUCGCCUCCUGUGAGAACCAUGGCAGUUCUUAUUUCCGUCUGUUGCUGCUCCUGCCUCACACGUCCUCUGAUUUUCAGAGCCCAUCUGUAAACUCCUUGAUGAAUUGGCCCAACCGUGUCCAGCCAAGAAGAGGGAUCAGCUGCUCCGGAGUGAUUUAUUUUAUAAUCGCCUCUAAUUGACCCUGCAGUGGCUCGUUGCUAGAUGUGCAUGACUAAGAUUGUUGCUGGGCAAAAUUAGAUUCUCUUUCCAUUAUAUCGCAAGCAAUGUCUUUAUCUGCCUCUGCUCUGUGCGCAAGCAGUAAGCCCUUUGCUAAAAGAGUUUUGUUUGACUUCUGAGAUCCAAGGCAAAUUGUUUUUAGAAAAUCUUAAGCAGCAUAUUUUUCUUUAAUUCGUCUGCAUGUGGGGUGCGCCCUUCCAUCUCCACAAGCCAUUUGAUUUUUAAAAUAUCGUUUGACUUCAUUGCUGUGUAAGAAUAUCUCUCCACAUGUUUCAGAUACACAUUCCUACAGUCUUCUGCUUCCGAAGGGGGAAAACCCUAACACAUAAAAAGAAAAAAAGACGUUUUCUUAGACACACACCUUGUUGAAGGGGAAGUGGGUUUCAGGUUUCAGGUAGACACUGAGUCCAAAACAUGACUGCAAGAUCAUCUGUGAGGGCCAGUGGAUGUUGGAAGCAAAUGCGGCCGAUGUCGCUUCAAACACGACUUCCUGUGGCCUCCUGUGCUCCAGAUGCGAGUCCAGGGGCCAGGAAGGCCUGCAGGCCACGCUGUCUUCUCUGGUGUCGGAGUCAAGGCCCAAGGCACUAGGGGCUGGGAUCAGAGUUCUGUUGUGCAAGGAGACACUUAGGUACCACCUGUUUCAGCAAUAAAGAAGGAUCGUUCUGUAUUAGAAAUUGUACUGUAGAUAAAUCAUUCAUGAGAAUGUGACAAAUGUUUGUCUUGUGACCUUGUGCUUUUGAAGUCAGACAAAACCGUGGAAUCAACUUGCACAAAGGAGGGUACACAAUGAACAUUGAAACACAGACCUAACCCAGCAGGGCGGCUGCCUCAUGGUGCUUGUUUAUUAUAUAUAUUUAAUCCUGCUUGACACUUUACCCAAGGGAAACUGUCCCUUUUAUCAGUUGAAUGUUAGCAGCGUUAUUUCAUAGAGUGUGGUGACUGGUUAGAGAAAUCCAUGUACUCAACCAAUCACGGUUUCAAACAAAAUUUUUAUGUGCAAAGGACGGCAACCUUCUCGUAUGUUAAACCACCAGUAAGCUUUGUACAUCUGUGAUAACGCCUGUUUUAUAUUCAAAUGAACAAAUAAAAGCUUUUAUUUUUGUUGCUCUGAAAAUAGCAGUUUCUUAAUUGGUCCCCAGGAAAACUGUCUGGGGCUGCCUGGCUCCCAGAAAGGAAGUGACUCCUACAGGGAAAUGUUUCUGACUCUGUUUACAUAAUUUGUUUCAUUACUUAUUAGCACAGAUAUCGUACUUUGAACAAUGUUUAAAUUUUGAUGUGGGCAUUUAUUGCUAAAAAAAUUCCUAUGGCAACAAAUGUUUUGUGAAAUGUUUUUUUUAAUUCUUUUAAAUAUAUCUAAAUAUAUUUGUUCACAUUUU